GCCGCUCCCACCACAGCCAGAGUGGUGCAGUGUGCUCAGGCCUACAGCUUUUUAUUCGGAAAGUAAACUUUGACGUAGCCGUGUUUGUUGCUGCUGACUGUCAAAAACUCACAGACAUCGACAACCUAAGGUGUUCGUUGUUUGUAGGCCGACGUAGGCAGUCCAUUCUGGCUUUUGCCACUGACCAUGCUGACUGACUGGCAAUGUCAUGCAUAGGCCUAGGCCUGCUGUCAAGUGUCAAGACUGUGUAUGCAGACGACGUGUCACUCGAUCUCAAUGAAUGAUCACCUGUGCGCUGUCUUUUUAUACUGUAAAUCGCACCAGCACCAGGAGUCCAACGGAGUGGAGUACAGACAGGCAACACCCCGACACCACAGCCCCACUGAGACCAGCCAUUCAAUCACCACCAUUGCGGAGAAACAGCACUGGCAGCCGGUGCCGGCUGCCGACAUGGCGACCACCGCGGCAGGGCUGUUUGGACACCAAGUGGACUUGAAUCCGGGGAAGAAUUCCCGCAACAAGUCCAAGCACUGUGGCCACUCGUUGUACAAAAAGAAUUUUCACCGACCAACCUUCUGCCACCAUUGCACGGACAUGCUGUGGGGACUGUUUGGACAGGGAUAUAUUUGCGAAGUGUGUAACUUUGUGACUCAUGAGCGUUGUUUGGACAACAUUAUAACACCGUGUACCACAGUUGCUGCUGACCGAGUACAGGUGUUUAUUCCCUCAAAGAAUAUUACUCCGGAAAAUCCUGUUGCACACACGUGGAGUGAGCCAGGGCAUUAUCGCAAGAAAUUCUGUAAUGUUUGUCGGCGCAAACUGGAUGACUCGUUAGCCUUUCGCUGUGAAUUAUGUGAAUAUUAUGCCCAUGCAACUUGUCUUGACUUCGUCGUUAGUAACUGUGUAAAGUGUGCCGAUUAUGAUGCAAACAGAAAUUUAGAAAAAAUGAAAUUUACUCAUCACUGGAGGGAAGGAAAUUUGCCAGCGAACAGUCGAUGCGCUUUGUGCAAGAAAUCUUGCGUCACUUCAGAGUGUUUGGCAAGCAUGAAAUGCGAGUGGUGCUGGACAACUGCUCACACAGGGUGUUAUAAAAGUUUCUCAUCUGAGUGCAAUCUGGGGCCAAUCCGAGACCUAACCAUCCCUCCCUAUGCUGUCUCCAUGCCCGUUCCAAAUGCAACAGUCAGAGGGGAUGUCACUGCCAAAGGUCAAGGUGGCAUGCCCGCUAAGAUCCCACCCAGGGACACCCAUGUAACUCCACCCCCUGCAUGCAAACGUACCCAGGAAGAGCCAGCGACUCGUAAUACGGCAAUGAUGAUGCGGACACGUUUCAGGCGAUAUCAGAGCAUAUCAUCCAUUGAUAGUCCUACAGAGGUCAAAGGAAAGGAAGACGGAUCUGAAGAUGGCCAGCUGCUGAGGAUAUACGACGGCAUGACCUCAGUCAGGCGGAAAUCCUCGCACACGGUCUCAGUCGCAAAGGAUGCAAGUGCUGUUCAAGUCGUGGAAGCAGCAAUGCGAGCCCUGCACAUAUCUGAUAACCCCAACCUCUACUACCUGGCUGAAACAUCCGAAAAUGAAUCUGAGGGGCAAGAGAGAAGGAUAGGCGACACAGAACAUGCAGGACAGCUCAGCAAGCAGUUAGGAGUCAAGAUACCAUCCUUGAUCCUGCGAUACCAGGAAACUAAAGCAAAGAAGGGUCUCAUCAAGGUGUACCCAGGAUUAAUGAAAGUCCCCGUGGAGUAUGUGACUGUCUCAAUCACAAGCUACAUAUCAGUCAAAGAAAUCAUUGAGAUGGCAUUGCACAAGUUUGGCUUAGAGGAUGAAGACCCUGACAUGUUCUCAUUGGUGGAGUUAGUGAUUGAGCAUGAUAUCCACGAGAGGGAGAUGGAUCGCGAUGAGUGUCCAUGGCCACAGCUUAUCAAAGCCAGACGAAACUCCCUGCUGCAGAUGAGGCAGACCAGGUACCAGCUGAAGAGGACUGAUGAGAAGAAGCCAAUCAACGCUGCCCAGAUGUUUGUGGGCAACCUACCCAUCAACUUGUCUGAGUUCAAGUACAAGUACAUCAUCAAGCAUCUCUUAGAAGAAGCUGGAUGUCCAUUGUUCACCUCAGUAGGAAAAGUCUACGUACAAUAUGGAGCAGCAAUAGUAGCUUUCGAGGACCAUGAUGCAGCCAUUACGGCAUAUCAUGUCCUUAAAGAUGCAACUUAUGAAGAAAAACCAGUCACCCUCCUCUUCAUUCCAGAAAUCCACAUCGAUUGCUUGAGACCUGAAGCCACACCACUUCUUCUCUUCAUCAACGUCAAGAGUGGAGGAUGCCAAGGCAUUGAGGUCUUUGACAUCCUCUCCAAGAUGGUCAACCCCUAUCAGGUCUUUAACCUAUGCCAGGGCGGCCCACUGCCUGGGUUGCACGCCUUCAGUCAGCUGCCAGAAUACCGCAUCUUGAUCUGUGGCGGCGACGGCACAGUGGGCUGGGUGCUGCAGUGCUUGGAUGACGUGGGGCAAGAAUCAGUGUGCAGCAAUCCAGCUAUUGCCAUCCUACCGCUAGGAACAGGUAACGACCUCUCUCGGGUCCUGAAGUGGGGAGGCGGGUACCAGCAAGGAGAUGAACUCUUCUCAUUCCUGCAAGCUAUUGUAGACUCAGAGGAGGUCAAGCUAGACAGGUGGACGGUAAUCUUUGAAACAGACCAAUCCAAGUUGAUAGAGUGCGACAACAAGUCCAAUUCCUCCAACAGCAGCUCAGGCAAUGAGGAUAUGCCAAACAUGUUUGUCAUGAACAACUACUUCAGCAUCGGCAUUGAUGCAGACCUCUGUCUGGGAUUCCAUAUGGCCAGGGAGGAGAAACCAGAAAAGUUCAACAGCAGGCUGCAUAACAAGGGCGUUUACUUCCGUCUUGGGAUGCGGAAGCUGGGCCGGAGGACCUCUUGCAAGGAGCUGCAGAAGGAGCUGCGAGUGGAGGUGGACGGGAAACCGAUUGAGAUCCCAUCAAUAGAGGGCAUGCUCAUCCUGAACAUAUCAAGUUGGGGAGGUGGAGCCGACCCUUGGGGCGUGGACAGUCAGGACACAACGUUCAAGAAGUGCCGCCAUGACGAUGGACUGCUGGAGCUUGUGGGCUUGACGGGGGUGGUCCAUCUGGGCCAAAUACAGAGCGGGCUGCGAACGGGGAUUCGAUUGGCACAGGGGGCCAAUAUCCGCAUAUGGCUCAACACUGACAUGCCCGUGCAGGUUGACGGGGAACCUUGGAUGCAACUAGCUGGUCAGGUUGUGGUGUGCCGAUCUGCAUUACAGGCCACCAUGUUGAAGAAAUCCAAGUUGAAGAUCAAGCGCCGAAAUACCGAGCCUGCCCUGAACAGCAAUGACGGACAGACCAGCCCCCGACGAGAGCAGGCCAAACUUGUUGCCAUGAAGAGUGAUGAAGGGGGUCAGGUUUGAGAUUCCUUAAACCCCUGCCAAUAACCUCAUUAGAGGCGACUUUUUGGCCGCCCAGAUUUUUCCUUAAAAGAGGAAAAGGUUGACACCCUUCUUCCUCCACCCUCCUCCCAAAAAAAGGAAUUGAACAGACUGGCCAGAACCCUGGAUUAUCGUGCGAUUUUGGGAGUCAGACUUUGAUUCCAUUUGAAAAGACAGUGAAAGGAAUUGAAUGUUAGCUUCACCCAGUUACACUGGAUGAUGGUUGCUGUGGAGAUGCCGUGGUAGCCAAGGAUACUGCCAGUUUUUUCGUGCAAUGAGUAGUAAGGAUUGAUACAGCAUCAGCAAAAAAGAUAUAGAAUUUACUUAUAAAUUCAUGUGGAAAGUACAAUAAAUUAUCUAAAUUUAUAGGUAUAGCCAAAACUUAUUUUACAGACUUUGUGAGCAUGAUGAUAAUUAGGUUUACUUGAAAAAAAAAAUCUCUUGGCAAAUGUUCCACAGUAACAGCAUUAGUAAUUCGUGCAUGUCACAUAUUAAUAUUGACAAAGUACUAUUUACUGAUUUUCGGCACCAGAUCUAUUGCUUUCCAUUUUUGGAAGCAUACUGUUGUUGCACCGUAAGACGUUUUAGAAACCAAAAAUGAGUUCCCUCAGUUUUGAAAAAAGAAAACUAAUUGUGGUAAUUGUUCUGUGAACUUUUGUAUGGUUUUGGGAAUUAUGAAUGGAGUGGUUACUUACAAUCUGAUAUUCAGUGGAAGCUUGUUAUCUUUUUGGAUAGCAGUGACAGUCAACUUUGAUCUUUUAAAUUUGACAUUUGCAAAAACAAAUCAAGUGUCAGAAAACUUGUUAUGCAAACAAACACUCACACCCAACUAUUCCUUUUGCACCAUUUAUAAACUUAACUUUUUUUAAAGAGAAGUGUAGAGGUAGUUAAUACGACGUUACUAACUGGACAAGAAAUUUUGAUUUUAAUGGACUACUUUUCCUUCCUGUAGAUACUCUAAAUUAAAUGAUAGUUUAUCGUUGAGAAGCUGGUCUUACUCAUUGUUUACAGAGAAGUUAAGUAGCUGUAGUUUUGUUCUAUUAAAUUCUCUAUGACGCUUGGUUAAUGUCAUUAUUAUUUCUCCAUCAGGGAAAAAACUUUAAUAUUAUAUUGUAUAGUUGUAAUUUUGAUUCUCACUCGAAUUAAUUCCUUGACAUACUGCAAAACUAAAUCAGUUAGGAAGUCUUGAUGGUUUCAUAGGAAGGACUGGUUCAUCAUAUUUCAGUUGUCUGUAGACUGCCCUGAUAACAUCUUACUCUGAAUAAGAGACUUUGGUUUUUUUGUGGCUUUGGCUUAGGCUCCGGUUUAGGCUCUGGCCUUAGAUUUUACUGUAACUUUGAGUUUUGAUGUACUGUUGUGGCCCUGACAUUGGAUUAAGCUCAGCCUCUGACUGCAGCUUACUGGUAUGACUGUGGCUAGGGCUUCUGCUCUGUCUACUCUAGCAGCUUCAUCCUUGAAUCUGCAGCCUUAAAUGGUAUGAAUCUGCUGGCUAUGUCUACCACGGUUGCUUCUGAUCUAAUCAUUUCUUUAUGACAUCAGUGAUCCACCUUUGUUUGUUUGUACAAGUCACUGAGAUUGUUAACGACUUCUCUUUCUGUGUAGCCCAAUCAAAAUAUGGUGCCUAGAAGAGGCAUGCUUAUUGUCCAGUUGGGGGGAGGGGCUUUCAGACCAGUGACGUAUAUGUACCAUCAAACAAGUCAUGACAAAUCCUAGCCAGCCCAGAUCUUCAAAAUCCACUAGGAGCUUUUAGACACACUCUUCAGAAUCAGGGAAGUCAGAGCCUGUCACUUCUUGGGCAUGAUGUCUUGUGAAAGUAGACAAAGUAAUGCAUUGUAGUGGUUCCUACAUAGUGGUUGCUGUUGGACGAUUCAGGGAUUGGCAAAAACGCUUCAGGAAAUUAGUUAAAAGACAGUCUGCCUUGUAGUAAUGGUAAUGAGUCUUUAUAAAGAGCGCAAAUCUAAGACACAAGGUCUAGACUCUGAAUAUUAUUAUCCCUGGCUGUCAGGCUGGUAAACAUUCCUAAAACCAUCUCAGCUCCCUAAAAGUAUACAGCUAUACAGCUCAAUGCUGCAAUGUUACGUGCAAACAGCUAACAAAAGUCAUACCUAAGGUAUCUGAACUAUUUAGCUUAAAGGUGACAUCCCUAAUUUGGAAUUAUUCCUAACAAAUGCACCCAGUAAUAUCCAGCACCGUGACUUGAGAGCAGUGACUUCCUUUAGUAAUGUCAGCAUGUUAUCAGCAUCAGUCGCAGCCCACUGCUGUAUAAUGCCUGCUGCUAUAUAAUGUACACACAUGUAGUUUGUGUGUGCAACAUUAUUAUCGGUAAGCAUUUUUGCUUAGCUCAGGUCUAAACCAGGCAUUGCUCAACUGUAAAGUUAAUCAGUAUUCCCGUUACCAAUUUAUUCUUGAAGGUUACAAGUUUUAGAUUUGUAACUUGCAGUGUCUGCAAGACAUUUACUUUUAUUAUCGUGGGUUUGUUCUUGUGUUGUUGUUAUUGGUCAAUUUUAUGCUUGUAUUUGAUUUUCAAAUUGUACCAGUUUUAUUUUCUUGCUUUCAAGGAUGCUGUUGUUUGUUUGCUUUGAUUGUCUGGGAAUUUUUGGGGGGAGGGGUCAUGUUUUUGUAAGGAUAGUGGUCUUGACCUUGGAGUUUAAUUUUGUCGGUGGGUGUCAUUGUGGCUGAUGAGUAUGACAUUCUGUGAUAUGUGAUGCACUCAAUGUCACUUGUCAUGAAUGACACCUUUCGUGCCACCUUCAAUUCCAUCAGCUGUCACUGGUUCGGCAUGCGACAGUGCUGCCAUCAUUAAAGUCACUAUAGCGUCUUGCUUUUAGCUGUUGUAUCAUCAGUUGCCAUUAUGUGAUGUCACUGCUGUCACUGAAGGCUGGUAUGUGUCACCCUCUGAUGUGACUGAUGUUUUGUCUAAAGUCACUGAUGUCAUUGAUGGAACCUGUGUUGCCCUGAUGUCACUUAAUGACCGGUGUUACUACAACAAGGUGACCCAAGCGUACGCAAGCAGUUUACUUUGUGCAAUAAGAGUCACAGAUGGUUACGGAAAUACCUAGGUUCUGAUGAUUUUUCUUAUUUCAUAAUUAAUUUGUAUUCAUAGUUUUAUGUUAUUUCAGAUGGACUUUUACGAAUUCCAAGACGUGAAACUUUUUGUGUCCUGGAUACAUGUUUUUUCCAAUGUAAGCUGCAACAUUAUUCCAUACUUAUGGGUAAUAUGUUCAUGUUAACAUCACUCAAACUUAACUGUUUACAGCUUUGCCCUGGCAAGGCCAAAAAAAAACUGUGAAAUUGCCUGCUGCGUCGCAGUCAUUUGAAUAAAUUUACCAAAUUUGUAUCAGCCAGAAGUUUGUUAGCAAUACACUUACUUUUCUGCUGUUCUGUAUGGUUAGAAGUCUGCCUGCUUCCAGUGACUGCAAAUAAUGUGAUGUCUAUUUUAUGAAAUGCAUAUAUGUACUUGUAUUUCCGUUACCUUGAUCACUAAUAACUUGUUCAGCUACCUUAAAUGAAAAUCAAAAACUCGGUUGAUGCAGAUUUUUUUUAAUAGCAAAGUGCAUUUUCAGUUGUAAACAUAGAAUGACCAAAGUAGCCUUUUACAACCAACCAGUGAAUCUAUCCCGAAUUUCAACAUUUCUUUUCCUUUUGAGAGUCAGAAAUCACAUGGAAAUAUUACUAAGGAAUAGUUUGAAAAUCAGUCAUAAUGGCCGUAGUGAUAUAAUAUUUGGGCAGAGUAGUGUUAAUUAAAACCAGCUGCAACCCAUGUGAUUUAAGGACCAUAUCUGAUCCACAUCAUUCUUUUGAGCCCUGUGGUAGCAAUGAUCAUAGAAACAGACCUCUCUUGAUUCAUGUGCUUUUGUGUUGUGGAUCAAAGAAACUUAUUCAGUCACGUUAUAAAAGUAAUAAUGGUGUAGUUACUUGUGUGAUAAAUGCUUGGUUUUUUUGCCGUAUUCUGUAUAUUUCAGACUCUUGUUGGCUUUUCUCUUUCUUUAACUUAAUACUAUGAGGAGGCGUAAACAUCCGUUUUAGUUGUAAAGUACUACAAAAGCAGCUCGAAUGAAUUAUGAUAUGAAGAAAAAACUAUUUGCAAGUGUAAAUAAUAAUUAUAAUAAAAAUAGAUAUUGCAAACCAGAUAAACUUUAUCCUAGACUCUAUGUUUUUUCUCGUAAAGGGAAGUACUAGUUAUUAGGUGUAAGUAUGAAAACUCGAAAUAAAUUUCUAUGGAUGCACUGGUCAAAUGUUUUUCACGCUUAUACUGCUGUAACAAACAAGUGACAUGUAACGCACGUAACUGUGUAGAUUGUGAAUAAGUACUUUUUGAUGGCAGUUACCGAAUACUCGAUUAAUUGUGACGUCAACAAGCAAAGCCAUGUAUUAUUUGAUACUGGUGUGUGACUAUUUACGCCUGACACUGUGCGCCGAAACAUGCUGUUGCAUCGAGUAUUCGAUACUGGUAUUCGACUUUACGGUGACUGACUUUAUCUUCUGGCCGCUUACAGUCGGAUAUUGUGUAAUGAUGAGAUUAUGUAUCAUAUUCUAUAUAAUUUUAAAAAUUAGGCUGGUUAGAUUGUGGCACCGAAACCUGGGUCCGAGGAAUCAAUGGAGAACUCUUUGUCCAGUGGGGCGACAAACUUUCACUGCGAAGUGCGUGAUACCAGUUUUGCAAGGAGUCCCAGCAAUGACGGUGUUUUCAUUGUUGUGUACUCGUGUAGACGAACACGACCCUUCGUGGUGCCACGUGUAUAUAUCCUGUGUAAAAGAACAGCGCAGAUCAGUCGUUCCAUCAAACAAUUUAUUGCGAGCUAACAAAGUUCACAUGAAGUAUAAGAUUGCCGGCAUGCAUUUGGAAUGCCCAGUUUGGGCAAGUGGAAAUCUCAAGUUCUCUUACUCCUUAGAUUCUGUUUCAACUCAAGAUUAGCGUUAUUUUGUUAGUCUUACUUCUAGUCAUCGCUCCGUGAAUACCUGUUUUGGCAGUUGUCGUUUUAAUUUCAUGGACCACUGUCUUGACCGUUUCUGCUCUUAAAGACUAGCCCACUAAACAACGCCCGUAGAAUUUUACAUCUUUCACAUUUUGUGCCGCUUUUUGUGAACGGUCCGUGAUGCACCGCAUCACCCAGACCCAGAUCACCCUCUCUCAACAUUUUGGCAUUUGUAACUCCGUCUACCUGUUUGUCCACUUGUCUUCAAACCAGCUGGUAUCUGAAUAUUUUCGAGUCCGUCCCUCUGACUGUUUGCCAUCAAACUUUGGGUUGGUAUAUUGAGAACACCCUUUUUCCCAUUAUUUCGGUUCAGUUUUCAGUGCCACAAUCUAACCAGAUACUCUUUUCAGAUUUUGUCAAAUGUAAGAAAUAAAAGUAGACCGUUUGUAUUUAUUGACCAAAAACGGUGUUAGACGUGACUAAUUAUUAUUGACUUUUAUCUUGUUCUUCAUUCGUUCACGAACUUGACGGUAACUAAUGAUAGAAUUAGACUUCUUAUAUAAUUCAGUCUGGAUCUUGUUGAUUAAAGUAAAUACUUUAGUUUUAAAAUGGCGUUGUUGUCUGAGUGCAACCUCGUUCCCAGUGAAGUGGGUCGUUUCUGUAAGUGGGAUCGAUCGUUUCAUGGAACGAAGUUGUAUAUCCACUGCCUAUUCAUUCCUAUUAAAAAGAGAAACUUUCAGAAAUGAGAAAUUUGGAAUUUUGACGGAAAAUGACAAGAUUUUGACACCGAUAUUACGUCAUAACGAGAAUAAAGACCCUACACAGGUGCGUGUGCAUUGCUUAAAUGUACAACAGACUAUUGUAUUAUAAUAACGGUAUUACGUAACUUGGUACUGUGACCUUUGACCUAAUAUCAGGGUUAGUGGUUCAUUUGAAUGCACUUUCGAAUAAAUAAAUUCUAUGGUUUUAACUUGAA